CUUUUUCCUUCUCUCCAUUUUCGAUCUCGCCUUCGCACCGAGAAGAGACUGAGCUCGAGAACGGAGAGUGGGCCGUCGAUUCCUUCACUUGGCUCCCCAAUUUUCCUUCUUCGCUUCGCUUCUCACUCCCACAGUAUUUAAAAAUAAUGGCCGAUGCUGAGGAUAUCCAGCCACUUGUUUGCGAUAAUGGAACUGGAAUGGUGAAGGCUGGAUUUGCUGGUGAUGAUGCUCCCAGGGCAGUGUUUCCCAGUAUUGUUGGUCGACCCCGACACACCGGUGUCAUGGUGGGCAUGGGCCAGAAAGAUGCUUAUGUUGGUGAUGAGGCCCAAUCCAAAAGAGGUAUUCUUACCUUGAAAUAUCCCAUUGAGCACGGUAUUGUCAGCAACUGGGAUGAUAUGGAAAAGAUUUGGCAUCACACAUUCUACAACGAGCUUCGUGUUGCACCGGAAGAACACCCAGUGCUUCUAACAGAAGCUCCUCUCAAUCCUAAAGCCAACAGAGAAAAGAUGACACAAAUCAUGUUUGAGACUUUUAAUGUACCUGCCAUGUAUGUUGCCAUCCAAGCCGUUCUAUCUCUGUACGCCAGUGGUCGUACAACAGGUAUUGUGCUCGACUCCGGUGAUGGUGUUAGUCACACUGUACCAAUCUACGAGGGUUACGCCCUACCCCAUGCUAUCCUCCGUCUGGACCUUGCUGGUCGGGAUCUAACUGAUGCUUUGAUGAAGAUUCUCACUGAGAGAGGGUACAUGUUCACAACCACUGCCGAACGGGAAAUUGUCCGUGACAUGAAAGAGAAGCUUGCCUAUGUUGCUCUUGACUAUGAGCAGGAACUUGAGACUGCCAAGAGCAGCUCCUCAAUUGAGAAGAACUAUGAACUGCCUGAUGGACAAGUCAUCACAAUCGGAGCUGAGAGAUUCCGUUGCCCCGAAGUUCUGUUCCAGCCUUCCCUCAUCGGAAUGGAAGCUGCAGGAAUACACGAGACUACCUACAACUCAAUCAUGAAGUGUGAUGUGGAUAUCAGAAAAGAUUUAUAUGGCAACAUUGUUCUCAGUGGUGGUUCGACCAUGUUCCCUGGUAUUGCAGACCGAAUGAGCAAAGAGAUCACCGCUCUUGCUCCCAGCAGCAUGAAAAUUAAGGUCGUUGCGCCCCCAGAAAGGAAAUACAGUGUCUGGAUUGGAGGGUCAAUCCUUGCAUCACUCAGCACCUUCCAGCAGAUGUGGAUUUCGAAGGGCGAAUACGAUGAAUCUGGCCCAUCCAUCGUCCACAGGAAGUGCUUCUAAGUUCAAUAUGGUGGCUUGAAUGGUGAGUUAUUUCCUUUAGUUGGCUUUUUUGUGUCAUGUGUAAUGUGAACUCUUUCGGUUGAGCACGGAUACGGGUCACGGAAGGAGGGUUAUAUUCCGAGGUCAUUCAUAUGCCAUCGUCGCUUUACCAACCGCUGUGAGUUUGAGAUUCGUAAUACUACUGCGUGUUGGAGGGUUAAAAAGUAAUUGAUCCUCUGGAUGUGAAAUGUGUUUUAUGUUGGUUGUUUGGUGGGGAAAAAGAAUUUUCCUUCCAAAAUCUCCCUCCCUGCAACCAUGUCUUUUUUAUUAGGAGAUGAUUGUGAUGUUUUUUUCUUUUAUUUUUAUUUUCAUUUUUUUUUGUUUCCUCUUCUCUUUUUCUCCUAUUUUCUAUUCCAAGUUUUUUGUUUUUUCGGGAACAUUAAUGUUAAUAGUUAUUGUAUCACAAAUAUUAGUCAGUUUGCUCCUUGCGGUCA